AAGUAAUUCCGGUUACAAAGUUUAUUCACAACACAGCAAGCAUAAGAGCUGCAUCGGCCUGUUUGAAAAUGGUUGUUUCAAAUGUCAAAAUGCGCGAAUCACAGGUUGUAAGCUCCCAGAGAAUCCAGGCAGUUAACACCAAUGCAGAGAGCAGCUUGGAGAGGUUCAAGGCCUAUGCAGUCUUCCAGGAGAUAAAAAAGAAGCUGGAGGAGGAUGGGGAGUCAUUUGUGAAGAAGAUUGGGGGGGUGUUUGCCUUCAAGGUAAAGGAUGGUCCGGAUGGUGAAGAGGCGACCUGGAUAGUGGACGUGAAGAAUGGCACGGGUUGCGUUCACAAUGACACAGCAAAGAAAGCGGACUGCACCAUUGCCAUGUUGGAUGCAGACCUGCUGUCCUUGAUGACGGGGAAAAUGAACCCACAGACAGCGUUCUUCCAGGGCAAGCUGAAGAUCACAGGGAAUAUGGGAAUGGCCAUGAAGCUCCAGAGUUUGCAGUUGCAACCAGGCAAAGCCAAGCUGUGAGGUAGAACCUGGGGCUACAGUCAGAGGUUACCUCCCUAGCACUAUUCUAGUGUCAGAUCUUCAUAUCCUAACCUGAACCACUAGGGGUUACAACAACAAAACUGGGCCCAGACCUGCACUAAGGGGUAACUUCUACCAUUUCUCUAGCUCAACAGCAGCCACCCCCAUCCAACUCUAGUAGUUUGAGGAGAGGAAGGAUGAGGAUGUGAGGAGAGAAUGAUGAGAUGGAAUAAUGGAUGAAGAGAAAGACUUUUCUCCCUUUCGCUCUCUCUGACCCCUCUGUCUUUUUCUAAUAUAUUAAUGACCAGAACACACUAGACUAGAAAUAUAUAUAUUGCCUCCAGGACCCUGAAGGUCCUCUAUGAUAGAUUUUCUGCCAUUUUAGAAUUUUGUUAAAAAAAAAAAAAAAAGAAUAUUACUCCUCUGGCACCAAAUGACACAUCUGUACAACACUUGAUACAUGGCAUCUAUGGACCAAGCUCUCACAUGUUCUUCCAGGACAGCAUGUCAAACAACAUGGCUGCUACUGAUCAAUAAACAUUCAUGUGGGUGUGUUCUGGCACACAUGUUCCAAACACUGUCUAGACUCAACAUCUAUGCACAUUCAGAUCGACCAAACAAUGGCGUUAUAACGGGCACAUGUUUAUCUCUCUUGAUCCUUUUUUUUAACUCAGACCGAUGAGUCUAGCUAGCGAAGUUAUAAAGUGUGAUUCAGUUUGGCCACAUGGUGGCAUUGUUGGACAGAAUCAUUCAUGCAAGCUCAUUGACUCAGAACCCAUAUUGUUUGAGAAAGGUUCUUGGGAAAUAUUACAUUAAAAGCCUAUUGCGUGAUCUGUUUGAUAUUGAGCUCUGAUAAUUGGCACGCUUGGUAAGGAGUACAGAAGUAGCUCGUCCUAGGGCAGUUUAUCCAAUUUGUCCUGAUGGUGGAAAAGUGGGCCCGCAGCUUGAUCCCCGGCAUUGCAUCUUCCAGUUAUAUUUUUAUAUUAAUUCAGUUUGAUUUAUUAUGACUCAGAGAAGAUCUGUUUGCAUGAAAAUUAUGUAAUGAAUUUAAUCAUGCCCCUCUCAUCUGGCAAUGUCUGAUCUUUUUUCCCCCAUUAAGUUUCAUGUGGUAAUGGAUAUAUUAUCGCUCUUGACGUUUGGGACAGCAUAAUUCAUGUAUUGUACUGUCUCAGAGCUGCGCUAUAGUCAUUUCUCCUUAUUCAGCCUUUAUGAGAUAUAAAACACUAAAGUGCCUCUCAGGUGUGCAGUAUCCCCUGUUACUUUAUGAACAAGUGUAAAACUAUUGAUAAGCUCUCAUCUGAUUCAUAAAAAUCUGAAAUACACCUGAAUGGGCCACUGAAUGAAUGUUACUGUGUUACUUUCAGUCAUGUUGUUGAGACUGUGACCGCCUGAAUGACUCAUGAUGCUAAAGUGAUUUAUCCUAAAUAAACUCUCUGUUACUUGCUAAUAAAUGCUGUUUAAAAAUGGUA